AUGAGCGCUCUAACGAAUUCUUCGUCAACCUAUCUCGAAUCCGCCGGUGCUCGAUACCCCCUUCUUGACUAUUUGAGAGUCAAAUGGCGCGUUCCAAAGAUCGCUUGGGGCAUUAAAUCACUCAAGACAUAUUGGGCGUUGUUGGAAUCUCCUAUGAGAAUCCAUAACCACAGCAACCGCAUCUUGGUACUGAUCGCGAUCGCAAUGACUACCUGGACCGUUUUCGAGCUUGCCUCGACUAUCAAUGGCACCAAAAUGCAGGGUCUUAGUUAUUUUGACCGCGGUCGGCUACUAGUUGCAGUCGCAUUUGCUGCUUGUUGGAUUGUGUUUAGCCUUGUCUUGGCUAUGUACGACUGCAACAAGCAGGGAUUACACGUUGUCCACCCCGUCUUGGACGACUUUCCAAUAUCAAUCGCCGUUAAUGAGUCGAAGUAUAAUGCGGGACUUUCAGCGGAAGCGCCCAAUAAGAGGUCGGAUUCUCCUGCAGCUGUUGACGUCGACAGAAGCAACAUUGGGCCAGCUACCACAGAGAGUCUGCACAUGCCAGCCACCUCUCAUAAAGAGAUGCAAACCGAGCCAGCAGAUUCUGCAAAAUCCGAAGGAAAUACCGAACAAAAUCACAAUUCAGUGCAGCUCGGUGUCGGCAUAUAUUGUACACAGAGCCGGCCUCAAGAUAUUCAGGAGCAACAGAUGAGCCACGAUAAUAAGCAACAACCAUGUACGCCCAAAGACGUCGAUACUCGUGAGAGCCCCUACGUGUACCACAAUCAAGGUUUCUUUGAAGUCCUUCUUUGCCGUCGUGGGUACGGGUUGUCUACCACCGACACUGUCUGGGCCAACCCCAACGUCCCUUUUACGAUCGAAGAUCAACUGGUUUUGCACAAUUUGGAUUCAGGGCUGAUGCGCUUCAAAAGUGCCUUUUACUCUUAUUCAAGACAUCAAUUCCCCCUCAUUAGCCUAAGCUUGGUAUCUGUUAAGCCGAGUAUAGGUCUUUUUGGCACACACCUACACUCAAAAUCUACCCCCGACACACGCAUUUGCAUUUCCGGUCUCAGGAAUGUGAAUGAAAUCCAAGCAUUCGACACACUUAUGUCCAGAUCUGGCAAUAGGCAUCUCUAUAGCCCCUUGAAACUCUGCUAUCAGAACAGCCAGAUCAUCCGCUCAGCUGGCCCGGCUUCGCACAACAUCAAGUCUUCGAGCAUUCAGACCAUGUGUGGCAGUCUAGUGACAUUCGACGAGAUAGAUAGGUCUCAAAGAAAGUCUACUAUAGGCGGUAUCAUUGAGGUCGAUGGACAACCCUUCGCACUUACGACAAGCCAUCGUGUCGAUAAGGAGAUCACGACUGAGGAUGAGGAUGACCCGUCCCUCGCAGACCUCAUCACGGCAUUCGACAGCGAAACUCUCGGAGGUCAAGAGUCACUGCAACCCACAUCUUCUCCCCAGCUCCCUUGGAAGGCUUGA